AUGAACGCACCACGGUCGGAUAGGUUAUGAUCGUCAGUUGUUCCAUGGGAGAGACUGGUGGUACCAUCUGUUUCAAUCGUUUGUCAGUUGUUUGUUUGUUUAUUAAUUCGAAAUGUAUGUUGUUAUGGCUUACUAAUACAAAACCCCGAUUAUGGCAUUUAUAAAAAGUAACAUUAUGGUUACCCGUAAGCGAGGUAUUUGAACAAUAGCUAAUAAGUAAAUAUGAUUCUCGUAUUUCUACUAAAUAUGACUGGCUGCUGGAAAUGCCACCACCAAUCAUUUACACUACUGUCCCCAAUCUACCGCUGUUUUUAAAUGAUACAAGCUCGUAUGUUGUGGAAAUCUUUAAGACGAAACUGAACCUGGACGAGUAUUCCUCGAUGCCACAAUCACUGGCAGAGGACGAGGUUCCUAAACAAAGCAAACGAAAGACAAAGAGAAGAUGCAGCUCUGCAAACCAGACACAUGAAGAUAGGAGAAAUUCCAGUAGAGAAGAUAGCCCAGUUCGUGAUGUGUCUCCGGGGUGCAACCGGCACCGACAUCAGAAGCAGAAGCUGCAUAGAGUCAUGGUUCACGCAACUGCUGAAGGACCAUUAUCUCCCACAGCUGGAUCAAAGCGCACUCAUGCAGAUGAAAAGCAAUAUGAAGCACUGGUCAAAGAGGUCCAAAGGCUCACAACUGAGAAUCAACAACUGGCACAGAAGGCAGCUGUUACUGAUUCUGGACAUCAGCUAUAUGAAGAAGCCUUUCGCAGGAAGAAUGAGCAAAUAGCAUCUUUACAGGCACGCCUCAGUCGGUAUGAGAAACACAAGCAAGAUUUGGAACGACAGCGAGACUCACUGCGAGAGCAGCUGGAGGAUACUCGCCAAAAAAUGGAGCAGUCAGUUUUUGAAUCUACACAGGCAAAAGAGUCAGAGGACAUUUCCAUGCUGCAGGAGCUGGUGGUCAGACUCAAUGCAGAGCUUGAACGUUACCAGCAGAAAUUCCACAAGCUUGGUGUGGAAAUACCAUCACAGCGACAAGACACACCACAUCCUCCAAGGGAUGUAUCCCCUGAGACCUGGGCUAAGGUUAGCCAUGGUCUGCUGGGGCCUUUGCUGAAAGCAUACUCAGAAACUAUCCAAGAGAAGGAUGAUCUUGCACGCAGUUAUGAAAAAGACUUGGCACAACUUAAUGCUCAUUGCAGAGACCUUGUUUCAGAAAAUGAGCAGCUGUAUGCUGAACUUGAUGAAACUACUAGAAAGAUGAAUACUGCUGCAGCAGAGGCAAAAAUCCUCCAGCAAGAUACUGCUCUUGUACAAGAGCAGAAUGAGUUGCUGACAGGACAGCUUGAUGUACUUAAACAGAAGCUACAAGAGAUCCAUACUACAUAUCAACAGAAAGUUGCAUCAUUGACACAUGACCUGGAGGAAGUCUGUCAGAAAUACCACAGUUGCAGAGGAGAUUUAUUGACAUUACGUGGACAGCACUCUGUGCUGCGAGAGGAAUAUGAUCGCUUGAAAUCUGACCUGGAUGGGAGAGUACCAUUCUCUGUGCACUCUGCAUCUGUGUCCGAGUGUCGUAGGUUGUUUGAAGACCUACGUGCGAGGUAUGAGACUGACCGCCAGCUUCUUAAUUCAAGAGUUCGUGAAUUACAGCAGCAGAUAGGGCAUAUGGAAGGACAAAUCACUCAAGGCCAAGCAGAGAAGGCACGAUUGCAGACUCAGGUUACAACAGCAGAGGCCUCCAUCAGGGAAAUAGAAACCCAGCUAGCAGAAGCACAAGCUGAGUUGGUCACUACCCAGGCAGCACGGGAUGCAGCCAGGCGGCAGCUUAAUAAAGCCAUGAAGUUUGCUGAGGAAUUGGUUGCAGAGCAAGAGUCACUGAUGCGGCAGCUGCAGCGCAAGCAACAGGAGACUCGCUCAAUGGCUGAAAUUGGUUCCACCAUUGUCAGCCGUAUGGGGUCACUUAAAGAUAAGCUUGAGUCAGUCCAAAAAGGAGCAUGGCAGGAACUUGACCACGUUGAACAACGUAUAAGGCAGCAGCAAGAAGGAGUUACACAAAUGAAGCAAGAUUAUCAACGUGAGUUAAUGAGAUUACGUACAUUGCUGCAACAAAAGGAAACUAUCAUCAGCCAGCUGCAGUUUGAAAAAAGGAUCAAGAGGAGGAGACUGAUGUGGGCUGGACAUCUAAUUAGUAAAGGAGAAUGGAAUACAAAAGCCAGGAACAGAGGGCACUGGAAGAGGAAUGUAGAGAAUGCAUAUGGUCUCCAAGGCCCAAGUGACAGAUGACGACGAUGAUGUGUCACCGAAAAAUAUAUAUCAUACAAUAACAGGGAACGACAGAUGCAAAAAGUGUAAGGAGUUUUCACAACAGACUUAAGACUAUAUGGAAUGUAGUGAAAAGAGAGACAAGAUGGCCUACCACACAACAGGAUGACAUCACCACUGAAUUGAAUGGAAGGGCUAUAAAGGAUGAUUCACAGAUAGCAAAAAUAUCUAAUAAUCAUUUCUUAAUUAGUGUAGAAAACAUAGGGACAAACAGUACAAGAGGAACUUCACAGCAGUAUGGUGAAAAAGCAACUCAUAAAAUUCAA